AUGGAGAAUCACGAGUUUGAGAGCUUCUACAAGCAGGGAAUAGUGCCCGAGGGAGAGUUCAAGGACUUCAUCGCAUGCUUGAAGACUCUUCUUCCUGUUACCUUCAGGAUCAGUCGGCCGUCCUCCCAUUCCUUCGUGCAGCGGCAGAUCGAGCAACUUGCCAGGGAGCUCGACCAUUCCUGCAGCAAUCGCUCGCAGGGGGGAGGAGGAGAGGAAGUGCCCUCUCUACGCUUUAUCGACUGGUACCAGGGGCCAGGAGGAAGUGCAUGGCAGCUCCCCGCGAGUGUGCGGGUGUCGUCGGAGAGUUCCGAAGCCUCCAAGCUCAAGCUGCAGCUGGACGUGUUGGCCUCGCUGGGGUUGAUAGAGUACCAGGUGGAGGAGGAGGUUAAACUCCCUUUGAUGAGCUCGCUGGCAGGAGGCCGUCAGCAUGAUCCCCGUACCGUGCUGGACUUGUGCGCGUCGCCGGGCUCGAAGACGCGACAGAUCCUACAUGCGAUAGGAGAGGUGGAGGAGGCUGGUGGGGAGAAGGGAGAAGGGAUUGUAGUCGCCAACGACGUGAACGCAAAGCGAUGCUCGACCAUGAUCCACCAGCUGCGAGCUUGCGGAGCGAGGAGCUGCAUCGUGACCAACCAUGACGCGCGACGUUUUCCUCCUCUCUUUAUCGCAGGGGAGGAGGGAGGCAACCGUUCGCUGCGGCAGCUCAAGUUCGACCGGAUCCUUUGUGACGUCCCUUGCUCCGGAGACGGGACGAUGCGUAAGGCUCCCAAGAUCUGGCAAACUUGGAGUGUGCGGACCUCUGCCUCCAUGCACGGCCUGCAGUUGCAGAUCGCGAGGAGGGGGUCGCAGCUGCUCAAGCCCGGAGGGCUCCUAUCUUACUCCACCUGCUCCAUGAAUCCCCUCGAGGAUGAGGCGGUAGUCGCUGCCCUCCUGCGGGAGAGCAACGGGAGUCUCUCGCUGGUGGACGUGCAUGACGGACGUGGGUCGUGCUGGGAAACCACUCGUCUACCUCCUCCUUGCAACCUCCCACUUCAGAGUAGGAACCCUCGCUGUUCCUCUACUAUCGCCAAGUCUACUUGCAGAGAGUCAGCCUGGAUGCAUCUUGAUCGCUGUGCACGGAUCCUUCCGCAUGCUCAGGACACAGGAGGCUUUUUCGUUGCGAUCCUGAAGAAG